UAACUAUUUUCUCCAGCACAUUCAUGCAAUUAAAAACUGACUUAUUUAAGAUUUGUUAUAACAUUUCAGGUCAAUUGCUUGCGCGUCAAAUUUAACAUACCACCGUUCAUUUGGGGCAGUGAGGGAGGACCAUGGAUGCGCCUUGCGCUCAAAACAGCCAUCCAGAUUCUUGCCGAACCCAACAGGCUACGUCAGAGAAGGGCGGGUAAAAGUUGGCUUCACGGCUGUGUGCAUCGUCCUGGUACAGUCAGCACUCCACCGGAGACACGACUGCUAGAGACAUACGUACAGGCGACGUGGACCAUAACCGCUUGGAAAGGAUGAUGUGGACGACCCUAUUGGUGUGCCUGGGGGCCCUCCUCUCCCUCUCUUAUGCUCAGUUGUCGGAGACAGAGGGGGCGGGAGGGGAAGAGGAAGCUGUGGAGCUCUUUACCACGCCCAGAGCCAAGAUGGCUGCCGCCACCUCUGACUUUGGCUACAACCUUUUCCGAGCCCUGGCGGGUCGCGACCCGAAGACCAACGUAUUCUUGGCCCCCAUCAGCAUCUCUGCAGUGCUCACUCAGCUCUCCAUGGGAGCGUCUCCGGAUCGUUCAGAGAGGUGGUUGUACAGAGCUCUAAGGUAUCACACCCUGCAGGACCCUCAGCUCCACGACACUCUCAGGGACCUACUGGCCUCACUCAGAGCACCUGGCAAAGGCAUCAGCAUCGCUGCACGCAUCUACCUGGCCCGCAGACUGCGUCUGAAGCCGGAAUAUUUUGGAGUGGUGGAAAAGCAGUAUGGGGUGCGGCCCAAGACUCUGAUGGGCGGGGCUAAAGAUGUGAAUGAGAUCAAUGAUUGGGUCAAACAGCAGACGGGUGGCAAGGUCGACCGCUUCAUGUCCAAACCCUUGGGACGGAACUCUGGUGUGGUCCCUCUCGGUGCUGCCUACUUCAAAGGGAAGUGGAUAACUCGGUUCAGUCAGAGUGGAGUGAUGGAGGACUUCCAGCUUGAUGGAGAGGUGCCCGCCCGCAUUCCCAUGAUGCAACAGGACAAUUACCCAGUGAAGAUGGGAGUUGACCCAGACCUGGGCUGCACAAUUGCUCAGAUCCAGAUGCAGGAUGACAUCAGCAUGUUUGUGUUCCUUCCUGAUGAUGUCACUCAGAACAUGACCCUGGUGGAGGAGAGCCUGACGGCUGAAUUUGUUCAGGACCUCUCCAUGACCCUUCACCCCAUGCAUGCGGCCCUUACACUACCUGUCCUAAAAUUCAGCUACUCCACUGACCUCUUGCCACUGCUCUCUGACCUGGGUCUUGCCGAAUUUCUGGCAGACACAGACCUGACUAAGAUCACGGCUCAGACGGUGAAGCUUGGCAGCCUCAAUCAUAAGGUUGUUAUGGAGAUGGCCCCAGAGGGCACCCAGUAUGCCAGCUCCAGCCACGUCCACACGCCCCUGUCGUACCGCGUGGACCGCCCCUUCCUGUUCCUGGUGAGGGAUGAGGCCUCGGGGGCACUGCUCUUCAUUGGCAGGGUGGUGAACCCACGCAAACUGAGGAUAUAAGCGCGCACACGUUUGUUUUACUAUUAUUGUGGGGACCAAACAAUUGAUUUCCAUUAAAAAUCCUAUUUUCCCUAACCCCUAACCUUAAUUGUAACCUUAACCCCAAAGCCUGAAAUAGAUAUCCUUUGUGGUCCCCACGAGGAUAGUUAACACACACACACCAGGUCCUAGGAGAGGAUCAGCUAUUGUUAAGCUAAAUGUCUCAUAAAAGCACAGAGAGGGUGGACAAGCGGCUAGAUUCCGCUGUGGAUCAGAUAAUACAGUUGGUUAAUCGUGUAGGAAUACCAUGUAUACCAUUUAGGCCAAUAGUCUAAACACUCACUGAUAUUCCUUGAAUUCUCAAGUUGUUUUCAGGAAAAGGAAUUUGAAAAAUAAAGCGAACUGGAUGGAAUAUGGGGAAAAAUGCACCAAAUAAUUUUUUAAUCUUCAACAUAGAAAUGCUACCAAAAAUAAUUUGAAUUUCUUACGAUGUUGAAACCAAACAGCCAAAUCAUGUUUAUCUUACUGACAUGCUUCUAAGAGGCACAGGCAAUACUUUAUGCUUUAACCAAAGAAAAUACUCUUCACAUUAUUGUAUAUUGCGAUGCAAGAAAUAAACAUUUAAGUUUUAAGUCUG